AUGCGAUUCACUUCCGUCGCAAUCGCGCUCGGCUCGAUAUGCACAGUCGUGGCCGCCGCAUCAACGCACGGUCUCUACGACUUGGUGGAACGGCGGCUCCCAGGACGAAGUCAAGAUUUCGCAUUUGAGCUGAUCGAGACGGUGCAUGUCAACGCGAGCAUACCCCAGAACGACCAUUAUACCAUCAGCACCGCCUCCAACGGAUCCAUUGCCAUCUCCGGCAGCAGCGUGAGCGCUCUGGCAACGGGCUUGCGGAGAUACUUUGUCGACAUUGCUCACGUCGACUUGUACUGGUUCAUCGGAAGCCGACUUGAUCAAAUAUCCCCCACGCUGCCGCGACCCAACAGUACCAUCACGGGAGCAAGCAUUGUGCCAUGGAGAUACUUCUUCAACACGGUGACCUUUUCGUACACGACACCCUUCUGGAGCUGGCCGGAUUGGGAGCUUGAGCUGGAUUGGCUGGCCCUCCACGGAGUCAAUCUGCCCCUCGCGUGGGUCGGCUUCGAGAAGAUCCUGCUAGAUGCCUUUCAAGAGGUCAAUCUCACGACUUCUCAGAUCUUGCCUUUCUUUUCUAGCCCGGCGUUCCAAGCGUGGAACCGAUUUGGCAACACCCAGGGCUCUUGGGGCGGACAACUUCCCCUGCAAUGGAUCGAUCAGCAAUUCGAGCUGCAACAGAAGAUCCUGUCACGGAUGCUAGAGCUGGGCAUGACUCCCAUCCUUCCCGCCUUUACUGGCUUCGUGCCUAGAGCACUUGUAGAUGUGUACCCAAAUGCGACUGUCGUCAAUGGAAGCCAGUGGGAGGACUUCCCGCCCGAAUUCACAAACACGACUUUCCUCGAGCCCUCCGACCCGCUCUUCUCCGAGCUCCAAAACAUCGUCAUGACCAAGCAACUCGACUACUACGGCAACAUCACCCAAUUUUACACCCUCGACCAGUACAACGAGAAUGACCCUUACUCCGGUGAUCUCGAUUACCUGCGUAACGUGACCCGCGGCACCUGGCAGUCCCUCAAAGCCGCGAAUCCGGGCGCAGUGUGGGUAAUGCAAGGCUGGCUAUUUACCUCCAACGCCGACUUCUGGACCAACGAGCGCAUCAAGGCGUAUCUCUCGGGCGUGGAGGUCGACGACGAUAUGCUCGUGCUGGAUCUGUUCUCCGAGAGCCAGCCCCAAUGGCAGCGCACUGAGUCCUACUACGGUAAGCCCUGGAUCUGGAACCAGCUCCACGACUACGGCGGCAACCAGGGCCUCUACGGCCAGAUCGACAACGUGACCAUCAACCCCAUCGCCGCCCUCGCCAACUCCUCCUCGCUCGUCGGUUUCGGACUUACGCCGGAGGGCCAGGAGGGCAACGAGAUCAUGUACGCGUUGCUGCUAGACCAGGCGUGGUCACCCAGCCCUAUUGAUACAGCAGCGUACUUCGCGUCCUGGGUCCGCACGCGGUAUACAGGCGGCAACAACAGCGCCCCCCCGCAGCUCUACACCGCGUGGGAACUCCUCCGCACAAGCGCCUACAACAACACCAAUCUCACCUCCAACGCCGUGUCCAAGGCCAUCUUCGAACUCGCGCCCAACAUCACGCGCCUCACGAACCGGACCGGGCACCACCCGACUACGAUAAACUACGAUCCCGCCGUCGUAGUGCACGCGUGGAAGGAAAUGUACGCUGCUGCGUCCACCGAGCCCACUCUCUGGGCAAACGCCGCGUACAAGCACGACUUCGUCGACGUCACGCGCCAAGUGUACUCGGACGCCUUUGCAUCCAGCUACGCAGCGUGCAUCGCAGCGUGGAAUACCACGAAUGGCACAGGCGCCGAUUUCAACGCCCACGCCGACAAGUUGAUCCUCCUCCUCCGCACCCUCGACCCCCUCCUGUCCACCCUCGCGCAGUUCAAUCUCGCGCCCUGGCUCGCCUCUGCGCGCGCUCUUGCCCCGUCCAACACGACCAACGCAACAAUCGCGGACUACUACGAGUACACCGCGCGCAACCAGAUCACGCGGUGGGGCCCCGACGGCGAGAUCAACGACUACGCGAGCAAGUCGUGGGGCGGGCUGGUCGGGGACUACUAUCUCCCGCGGUGGCUUACCUUCCUCGACUAUCUGGGCAAUGUAGGGCCGGACGGGUACGAGCAUGCGGAUGUGCGGGCGCGCAUCGAGGGCGUGGAGGUGGGAUUCCAGGUUCCGGGGAGCGGGCUAGUGGCCGACCGUACAAACUGAACUUGAGCCGCUGUGAGGUUUCAGGAUACGCUAUCUAAUAAUAGUCUUGGAACCGUAUCACAUGGUGAGUUCCUACAGGAUAACUUACCAGGGGUGCUCCUGAGAUACAGGUUUCUGUGACUGCCACUGUGAUGGAGAGUGCGGGAUGAAUUCAUAUGAUGCCCGAUGGCAGCAACCGUUCGAGUGUGAUUUUGCGUCAUUAUUACAGAUAUGGAUAGAGCACAAUUGAAAUGCCGCAGAUAUGGGCAUCAGCCAUUCGUGGCCUUCCUCC